UUAAUCAUGCAACUCACUUGCUGAAGCAGCAGUGAAACACUUUGGACUGAACCUUGAAAUCUGUGGUAUAAAGUCAGCAACAAGUUCUGACAAGAAAACAAAUGAAUUACUUGUUUUCUGCUCUUCAAAUGUUCUGAGGACAAAAUUUUGGAUUUUAUUAUAUAACACAGACACUUCCAACAUGUGAAAGACAUGGUCCCUACAACAAAGAAGCUGCAGACCACUGGAGACAGCAGACACGCCAAAAUAAAAAUAAAGUGGUUUGAGUACGUUCGUAGAGUGCUGCAAGGUGCUCAACCCAGAAGAAUGUAAGCUUCAGGAAAAGAAACCUUGUUGUCUAGUGGAUAGUCAGCUCCUAGACCAGGACUGAAGCAUAAGAGACCAAGAAUAAUUAGCUUUUCCGCUUCUUGCUUCCUCUGCCUCCAGUGACAUUCUACUAGAUAUUUUGAUGGCUACCUUGUCAUCAGCUUCGAGGAUUUACAUAAAAUUCGCCUUUUUGCUGACUUGAGAGCUGAAUUUACCCAUGAAAGUGACCAGCAGUAGGACCAGCAGAAGAAUCAGAAGCUGAGCCCAGCUCAGAAUGCAAACUUUUAUGGAGUACCUACCAUAGAUUCAGGAGUGAUAACAAGUAAUUUGGAGAGGACUGCUGUGUAUUCACGGAGCUCUUUGGAGAAAGAAGACAAUCUUUGUGCAGGAGAGCUGAGAUUUCCGGAGAAUCAUACUAAUUAGUGAAACUGAAGGACAAAUUGGAGAAUGUAUUUCUAAAAUAUUUUGUAAAGAAAGCUAUUUUGUUUGUCUCUGCAUCCUGUUUAUCUCUUCGAAGCCUCUUCCUCAUAUUUUGGCAAAAGAACCAGCUCAGUCAGACUGACACCUAAUGGAAACUUUUAUAAGAAGAUAAUUCUGCAAAGGAAAGAGAGCAAUGAGAUAAGUAUUGAAACCACUUGAACCAAGAAAAUCAAAUACUUGUUGUUGACCAUGAGAUGAGUAGAGGUUUCCUUUAGAUUUCAUCACUAACAUUUACAAUUAUUCCACUUAAAAAAGUAUUAUUCAUUUAUGAAGCAAAUGCAAUCAUAAGCUAAAGUCCCACUGGCAAAGAACUGAAUGAAAUAGCUUGUUUUUAAAAGUUCUUCCUCAGUCUCUCAACGAAUGCCAGAGUAUUACCUUUCAUUUCCGGAAAACUCUAUCACUAGGCCCCCAGCUUCCUUUCUUUCAAAUCUUAUACACUUACUAGUCAACCAGCAGCAUGAGGCUAACUUUCCAAAGAUCACCUAGUUACUAGAUUAUGUGGCUCUCUACUUUCCCAAUUUCCCAAUAAAACAAUGCCACCAGCAGACAUAUUGAAUUUUGUUGAAUACAUAACAAGCCCUUAAUCACCAACUGGUGUAUCCCUAUGGAAAGAGGAUAAUUCAUGGAACAAUGAAGGGAAGAACAGUAGUCACACAUUCUCUUGCUAGUGAGAGAAUGUCGAGUGCAGAGAUACCAUAUUUGUGCUUUCUUUUCUACUUCAAUUCCUUCCUUAAAGGGACUUGCCCUGGGAGCUUCUCAGAAGGUCCCCACUCAUUUUCCUCGCAAACAACUUUCCCUGAGCUCAAAAGCUGUGAGUGUAGAUACCCCGCGAGUAACUGUGGGAUCAGACGCGGUGUAGUGGAAAUAGGGUCAGGAGAGGAGUGGCGCCUUGUACCCCUCACUAGGAAUCCAAAGUACUAAAAGAAACGCAAAGCUCUACAUGGGAAAGCAUGCGAGUGUGCCUGCCUUCUUCGAAGCACCUCGCUCUCCAGGGCUCAGAGCUGCCCUUGUUGGCAAGAACUCAGUGCGGGUACGUGCACGUCGCGCCCAGGAAAGGCGUCCUCCAAAGGGAAAAGGUGUCUGGGGCGUAGCUUAGCUUAGAGCUGGUCUGGGAACGCCGCGCGAGAGAGCGUCGCAGGCUUCCCAUUUUGUUGUUUUUGUUUGUUUUCUCCUGCAGCUUCGACUUCUCAGAAAUUCAGUCUUCGCAUCCCUUGCACCACCGACGGCACCACGCAGGGAGGAAACCUGGAUUUAGAGUCCCAGCAGGCUCUUGCUGACCCUAGUGGAACCUUCUGGCCGCCAGUGCAUUCUUGUCCCCAGCAUUUUCUCCUCCUACCUUUGAAGUGCCACGACCGGGAGGGCCCUGGCGCCUCGCAAGGAGGAAAGGAGAGGUGCAGAGCUGCGUGGUCCGCUGCCGGCAAGAGCUGGGAGCUCCAGCCUCCUCGACCCUCCUCCUCCUGUAUGGUGGAUCAACUCUCCCAGCUCCAUCUUGGGCAUCUCAACUCCUGCCAUAUCCGGUUGUCCCCGGGAGUGUCUGGGCGUGCUUGGGGGGGGAUCGGUGGGUAGUUGCUUGCUCUUCACUAGGAGGGGGCACAUCCGUAUGGUUUUAUCGUCCAUUAGUAUUCGAAACAAACAAACAAAACUGCAAGUGGUAAAAGGGAAAGGCUCGCUCUUCCUCUCGUCCCUUCGCAGCAGACCUGAGAGGGGGAACAUGCCUUGGGUUUGUUGGUGUUUGAGACUCGUCCUAAAAGCAGAGGCAGGGAAGACAGCGCUGAAGAGGUGUCCCAAAGAAACUGGACGGCUGAACAGUCACUGCCUGCCCCAACCACUUUCAGGAAGGUUCCAGCUCUGUGCCACACCGCAACCAAUCCGCUUCUCAUUCUGUUUCUCCACCCCUUCGCGGAGAAUCCGCAAAGAAAGUAUGGGUCCCUCAGGAGACCCGCCACACGCUUCCAAUCUGGAAGUUCUGCGCGGACCCAGGCCUCUGUCAUUCUCCCCCCCUCCCCCCCCCCACUCCGCCCCACUCCCCCACCCCCAGUGCUCAGCCCGGGUCUCCACUUCUAGCUGCGCAGUGGCACCGCCGCGGGGGUGGGGCUCCGGCACCGCCCCAGGCCGGGAUUCGCGAAGUCACGAGCUUCCGCAGCUUGCGGGGGCACCUUCGCCCACGGACACGCCCUUUCUGCGGAGGCAGCCCCUAGCGACCCUCUGCGGAGCUCCUGCUUCUCGCUCGCGAAGCUGCCAAACUGCUCAAGGCCUUUCAGUCAUUCCCAACUUUAGAGGCUCGCUCAGUCCCCGUCUCUCCCCCAAGCCACACCCCAGCGAGGAGAGGAAAAGAGCAGGCCGGGGACGCCAAAACUCCGCGCAGGCUCCGCUGAGCAGACACCCAUCCUUUCCCCGCCCCUCCCCUCCUCCUGGACCCCCGCGCCCCUGUGCGGACCCAUUCUACAGCCCCAGUCACCAGAGGCAGGGCGCGCAGAGCCUUUCUGGUGGGAUGUGUCUACUAAUCAACUAACACGCGACCCAGAGCGAAAACAACGAGGAAAGGAAAAGAUCAAAAAAGUGCUACCUUGGCAACCACAGGCGUUUAGAGGCCAGCUGGUGGGCUGAAGGGGCGGCCGCUGCCCGCCUGCCGCUGGUACUCUCCUCGACUACGCGUAUUCUUAAGCAAUAACAACGUAAUCCGUAUUAUCCACCCAAGAAUACCCGUCACCGAAGAGAGUCAGAGGACCAAGCUGCUGCUGCCGCUGCUACCGCUGCCGCUGCUACUGCCGCCGCCGCCACCAGAACUCUUGCUGCUGAGCCCGCCCCUGGCUGGGGCUGGGCUGAGCUUGACCGGGACCAUAAAUCCAUAACUCGAUUUCCCUAAAGAAGGAUCCAAAGCUGUGCUCUGCUGCUUCCUGCCCAAAUCCAAAUGGCUGCUCUAUUUCCAAUUCUGAAAGACAAAUCACAAAACCAAGCACUUAAUACAGGAGAAGAGUGCUCUCUUCCCAGUGAGGAAGGAGGAUGUGGGAAGGCUCUUUGGGCACGGAGUGGGCGUGACAAGUAACCUUUAGUUUACCUGGUGCUCUCCCAGUGCCUUCCUCUGGACUUGUUCUGCUCGGUACCCGCUCUGGUCUCGGCCAGCCCACUCUAGGUGCUUUGAUUGAGUGUCAUGGCAGCGAGAGAGCCCUGUAAGAGACAUGCAUAGUUAAGCACACAAAUAUUACAAAUGUAUUUGCCUAGACGGCUUUAAGAAGUGAGGCUCAAAUAAAGAUAGGGUCAUGCAUGGGUGAAAUUUUCAGCAGUGUGUUUUGGAAAUGCAUUUUCUCAAGCCCAAGAUCACAGAAAAUAAACACCCAUUCAAUUUACUACUUGAAAUCAAAUACUUAUAGAUCUACAAAAAUAGGCAUCUCUCCUUUGAAGGCCUUACAGCUAUACAACAUAAUGAUUUUGAAGGGAAAAAAAGCUUCAAAGCACAAAAUAAUUAAACUCAUUUUCCAUAGUAUCAGAAUGCACGGAGUUGACAAGCUGGUAGAGUUUAUGUGAUUUAGGCAUCGUUUUGUAGUACCCAUGUGUAAUUCCAUAGCCCACCUUUUUAAUAUACAGUAUAAAUGCAUUGCUGUGCAGUUGUUGUGAACACCUCUACAGAAAAGCCUUUGAGGCUGUCUUCAUAAAAAAUUAUUUUAAGGAAAACAAAACAAAACAAAACAAAAACUCAUUUGUAAAGUGACUGUAAUUUUGGCUUUCAGAGAGAGAUUCUUUGAAGAUCAAUAUGGCUCUUACUGGAAAAGCUUUGUCUUAAGACCCUGCAAUGAAUAUUCUGAUAAUAAGGGUUUAUUGUUCACUAAAUAAAAUGGACAAGUGCAACGUCACUACCCAAGACAUGUUGUAGCUCCAUUAGAAAGUUCUCUAUUUGUUUUUCCCUUUACUCUCAAAUACAUGGAAGUACAUCCAUGUGGUGGAAUAGGGAGGGGAUAUGGAAACAUGGCAAUAGACAUUAUGAUUCCUUAAAUUAUGUAAGUGCAAAUAGCUCUUCAUCAAGGAGUAAUUAUAUAACAGAAUCUCUCCCACUACCACAACUCAUCUCAAACUGACCUGGUUGCAAUUUAAGGCACUUAGUUUGUGCUUGAUCUUACAAUUUUUUCUUUAAAUAUAUUACUUCUCCAGAGACACCAACUCAUCAUUUUCCUGACAUGUUAAAGUAGAAAAACCAACAUGAAUUCUAGGUUUUAUGAACAGUUGUUUAAUAUAUAAUAUCUGGUGCCUAAAACAACUCGAAAGAAAAGGAGCAUUGCCCAGUUAAUAGCUAAUUUUACAGUAUUUUCAGAUGACUCUUAAGUACACCUUUCACAAAAAUACAGAUGCCAAUUAAACAAAUAAAUAUUCACUAUUUUCUGCCAUUACCUAACAUAGCUAUAAAGUGGAGCUUUUCUCUGGGGGUGCUACAACCAAACACACGCACACACACACACACACACAAACACACACACACACACACACACACACACACACAGAAAGCUGACAGGUUCUCUUCAGCUUGAACUCCUAGAAACAAAAGCCCUUAGGGAAAGUAAUGCAAUAGUCUAUGAGCAAAGUGUACAUUUGCUCCUGAACUCUUCCAUUUAAAUCCCAACUAACAUUAAAAGGAAAACAAGAAACACAUUAUAUAGAUACAUUUUGAUUUAGUAAAUGGAACAUUUUUUGAAUUAAAGAGGAUUAUUAAGAUGUAUAUACACCACACACAUGCACACAAACACAUAUACAUAAUACAUACAUCCACAGCAAUACAUGGCAUAUCAGAAUCACAGUAUAAAUACCCACACAGAUUUUCAAUGCUUCCUGAGUAAUCUCCUUUAGUUUUGCUUCCUUACAAUUGAAAUAAAAUACAUGCACACACCGACUCACAGACUCACACGCUUUAAGAAACUAGAACAACGUAGUUGAUAACGCUUUUUAUCCAAGUAACCAGUGCCAGCCCUUUCUCUACCUACCCAAAUGUUCCACCAGCUUCAGCACCUGGACGAGUGGACAGCUCAGCCCGGGCCGACUGCCGGCAGCACUCGCAGCAGAACUGACGCUCUGAGCUCUAACCAAAGCUCUCUCGUGCUUCAGCGGGGCAGCCUGACUUACGAGAACACCAUUUCCUACGAGACCACUGCCGCUGGGUGCAUAUUCAAUUCAAACCUCCUUAAGCUGUCGGAUUUCCCCCACCCAUCCACCCUCCUCCCUUCUCCACCCUCCACACAAAAACAGAAAAGGGAAAAAAGCCCAAUACCACCAGGGCGUUUGUUGAUCAACUUACACUUUGCUUUUGAAUAUUUAGAUACCGCUAGCGGAGCAAUAGCAACGGAGGCUUAGGUCCGCAUUAAGUACCUUUGUUCAUGGACUCCUGCAAGCCAUGUUUAUUAGAAUCUACAUUUCUCUAGCUCCCCAAUAACUAGAGGUGUGUUUUGCGGGCAGGGGUUUUCAGCACCUUUUGAUCUCCCAAGGCCACCGCGACUGACUGCCAGUCCCCACUACUUUCCCACCCUGUCCCCCACACUCCAACACCCAUCCCAGUUAAACGCUUGGUAAUUUGCAACCAAAUAUACAGAAAGAAACACGACAAAGCAAUCGGUUUGAGGAAAUAAGCCAAUUAAGCUAAAGCAGAAAUGCUUCUCUCUCUCUCCCCCUCCCCCUUGCCUCCCUCCCUCUUCCUCUCUCCUUCCCUCUCAAGUAGAAAGGGGGGAAACACCAAGGAGAGGGAAAAAAUCGGGAGGAGGAUGGUAGUCGACUCUUACAAUCAAUGGAAAAACACUAUACACAUCUUUACUGAAUAAUACUCUCCUCAGACAAAAAGAAACACAUUUAUCGAUGUAAACAUAGUCUCCCUCUUCCACACAUCCUACAUCCUGUACGUUUGCUGAGAUUUGUCUUGCGGUAUAGCAAAGUAACUGUCACAAAUCCAUCUCGAUUGAAGUGCUUACCCUCUAAAUCCAGGUUUCAAGCGGGACUCCAACCGUGUGUGGAAACCAGAGUCAUCUGAUGAGCGGUGAGGUAGGCUCUGGGCAGUGGGAGCUGCUUCCUUCGGAGUGCCGGGUUACAGUGUUAACAAGCCCUGGGAAGGGACCUCGGUGCCUCGCGCUGGCUGUGCCCCAGUGCCUUCGCGUGGUGGCGGCUUGCUCACGCUUCCAAGGAGUCCCAGGCGAUAGCCUUCAGCUGAUGCGAGCUUCCAGAAAGGAGUGGGGAAAGGAAAAAAAAAAAUCAUCUAAUGCAAUCAAAUCGAUCUGAUCUACACCAUCUGUCGCCUGCCACUAUACACAAACGUUAAAAUAGGAAAACGGAAAACACUGACAGCCCGAGAGGGUUGGUCUGCAAAGAGUUCAUUUUUAGCAGAGCAUAAUUGGGUAUGGUCGGCAUACAGUUACAAAAGCUGCUGUUAACCAUCCAGUAGUGGAUCCCAAACAUGCUAAUGGUGGAUUAAUUGAGGAAGAUCUGACGUGCAAGCUUCAUAGUCUCUUAUUCAUGACUUCCCAAUGGGAAAGGACCAAUGCCUUGUGGGACUAUGGUAACAUACAGUCAAAAAGCUGCUAAGAAAAUGGCUGUGUGUUCACAGCACCUCUCUCUGAUAACAAACAUAUGUCGACUAAAACGGUUUAGUAGAAUGGGGGGGGGUGUUGGAGAAUAAAAUUUUCUUUCUCGGUAUAAGCAACUCCUAUUUUCCUUCCUUAAAGAAAAGCAAAAAAUAGAUACCAUAUCUUUACCAUAGUGGAGGGAAAAGGAUGGUUUAAAAGGUUUUUAUCAAAAUUAAACUCCGCUAUAUAAAAGAAACGGAACAUUCCUGUGCAGCAAUUCUUAAAAAAAAAUCUAUUAUCAUUUUUUUCCUUACUGUGAUCAAAGUAGAUCCAUAGCAUGUGCAGUUUAUAGAAACUCAGCCCAGUUAAUCCCACCAGGAUUGACUCGAGGUUGUUUAAUGCCAGGUACCCUUUUGACUUCUUGAAAUCAGGAUGCCUCUUGGGCAAGACAUUUUGCAUUAUUGAAAAUUGACAUAAUGAAUGUUAAGUGUGAUUGCAGGGAGGAGAUGGGGAGAGUUUUCUUUUUCAAUUCUACAAUUAUUCCCUCCAGCCAAACCCCCUUUUGGUCUGUUUCCAGUCUCCUGAUCAGCUGAUGGGGGAGGUGGAGGGAUUGGGGAAGGAGUGGUGAUAUGGGACAGCGGAGGGAGAUUGUAGAUUAUCAAUAGCCAAUAAAUUCAAUUCUAUCUGUAAUAAAAAUUAUGAUAAUAAAAGAGAUCACUUACUAAUUAUCCAUCAUGAUAUUUAAAUAUAAACUGGUUUUCAAAAUUAAUGUUUUAUAAGGGGAAAGAAAAUAUAUUUCAAACAAUAGUGUAAUGUUCCCCAUCCCUUUGUAAUUUUAAGAUUAAAAAAGGAAUAGAGAGCUUAUUAUCUAGAUAUGUGACAUUCUUUCAUUAUAAAUAUCUAAAUAGUCUACAUUUCCUCUAAUUUUGUCACCUAUCUUAACAUGGAAAACUGUACUCAUUUUUUGCUCCCUUUGCUCCCUUUUUUGAGAACAUAAAUUACAUAUUUCAUAGUAAACAGUUAGUGUUUAGGAUAAUUCUUGAGAUAGCUGAAUAUGUCUACUGAAACUUUGAUAAUCUCUUUAAGAAAAAAAAAACCUAACAGUUAUGAAUUAGAUUAGUUUAAAAAUAUAGCUUGAAGACAAAUCAAACAAUUUACCUGAUCUUUUGUUUCAAUAUACAUUAAUUAAGCACUCUUUCCAACCUAUACAACAUUCCAGGGUCAUAGUCAGAAAUCCAAGACUAAUAGCUCAGCAGCCUUUGUUGUCAUUCGUGUCAAGCUAUUGCCCCCUGCAGGUUAGGCUGAAAGUGCAGGCAGAAUUUGGCCAAGUCUUCGGGAAAUCGAUGGUAGUCAUGUUAUUUAUUCUCUCCCAAUAUUUGAGUCAACUUUCUAACUUUGUUUACAUUAUAAACUAUUUAUUUAGAGACAUCCAGUAAAAUCACAAAAGAAUGGGAUUUAAAGAUAAGUGAUUAAAGUUUUCCUUCUGAGAAUUUUGCUGAGUGGAACAGACCAUCAUCCACUUUAUUGUCACAUAGGAAGUACUUUGAUGCGCUUAGCACAGUUUCUUCAUCUUCUCUUUUUCUUUUUGCACAAGAUCCGGUACAAUACAAAAAUGAAUGUAACAGAAUUGGAAUUAUGAUUUCUCAAUAAUAAAUUAUCUGGGACAAUUUACUACUUGAUGUCAGUGGGCUCUUUGUAGACCCAAUGAUGUGCAUUCAAAUCAAACUCAUUCGGAUUCUUCCUACUGCUGAUAUGACAGGGGACAAUUACA